AUGCCGCUAGAAAGCGCUCAUGGCGCCCGGGUCGUCGCCGAGCGCCGCGCACUGGGCUGCUGCACACUUGCGGCCAGGGUUCCCCCGCGCAGGGCGCCGCUGGGCGCGCCCAUCGCACAGCGACGACGCGUCAAUCAUGCUUCGCAUCCACACUUCCACCGGAGGCCACGACGCGCUCACGUGCGUCACGCACAAGAGGACGCGCGGCCGGAGUCGUCUCUGGCCAAGCUGGGCGCGGCCUUCACGCUCAGCGAGCUCGUGAGCGCCACGCGCGGCGAGGCCACGCACAUCGCGGCGUGCGGCGCGAUGAACGAGCCGUUUCCGGAGUCCGAGGACGUUUCGGGCACGAUAUGCACGGACACAAGAACACUGGAAGAAGGACAAUGGUUUCUGGCGCUGCGCGGGGAGCGGUUCGACGGGCACGAGUACGUGGGGGACGCGGUGGCCAAGGGCGCGUGCGGCAUCAUCGUCGACGAGGAGGGGCUGGAGGCGGCGGCGGACGCGCUGCGUGCGGACGGCAGGGAGGCGCUGGCGGUGGUGGUGCGCGACACGCUGGGGGCGCUGCAGGGGCUUGCGCGGGCGGCGCGCGGGCGGUUCGGAGGCCCGGUCGUGGGGAUCACCGGGAGCUGCGGCAAGACGACGACGGCGCGGAUGGUCACGGCGGCGCUCGGGGGCGCGGGCCCCGGGCGCGUGCACUGCACGCGCGGGAACCUCAACAACCACAUCGGCGUGCCGCUGACGCUGCUGGCGGCGCCCCGCGACGCCCGGUACCUCGUCGUCGAGAUGGGGAUGAACCACACGGGGGAGUUGCGCGAGUUGUCAGACAUUUGCCACCCCACAGUCAGGGUUGUUACGAAGAUCGCUGCGGUGCACGUGGAGGGUUGCGGGGGCGAUGUCGCGGGCGUGGCUCGCGCCAAACGUGAACUCUUCGAGCAGGGCAGCCCCUCGGACGCGUACGUGACCGACGCGACCGGCCCUUGGGCGGACUUUCUGCUCGCCGCGGUCCCGCCAGGCAGCACCACCACCCUGUUCGCAGCACCGCCCGCCGGCGUCGACGCGGACAGCGCAGCGCCGACCUCGCGGGCUUUGUCGUCGUCCGUCGCCGUCUCUCGCGACGGCACGAUCCGCACAGACGUUGCCUUGCAGUACCAACACUGGUCUGGGACUGUGUCUCUCCCCGGCCUCGGCGCGCACCUCGCUCCCGCCGCGGCCUGCGCGAUCGCCGUCGCUGUCGGCGCGCUCGGAAUCGCGCCGGACGACGCGGCGCGCAACAUCACGCAGCACUUCGCACCGGAGGCGAUGCGCAUGCAGUUGUGCGCGCUACGCGGCGGGCGCUGCGUGCUCCUCGACGACGCGUACAACAGCAACCCAACGAGCGCCACCGCGGCGCUCGAAACCCUGCGCUCCCUCCCGGACGCAGCCCUGCGCUCCGGCCGCCUCUCGCGGCGCGUGGCGGUCCUGGGGCCGAUGGUGGAACUGGGGCCGCUCGAGCGCGCCGCACACGAAGCGGUCGUCGAUUACGCCCUAGGCAUAGAGCCCACGUGGCUUGAGGGCUUUGGGAGCGGGGCGGCCCCGGGAGCGGGCGCCAGGGACGCGGCGGCACCUGUGGCGGUGGACGUCGUUGUUUUGGUCGGGCGGCAGUACGUGGACGUGUUCCGGGGGGUGCAGGGCGAGGUGUGCGGGGGCGUGUGGGCCGAGGCGUUCGAAGGGGGCACUCCGGCGGCUCGCGUCACGCCGGCGGGCGUGGUGGUCGUGUGGUGCGAGGACGUGGGUGCGGCAGAGGGGGGUUUGGUGCGGCUGCUCGAGGGGGGCGGCCUCGACGGGGCGGCGGUGCUGGUCAAGCUGACGCGCGGCUACAGUGCCUUCUCGCCACGGUCGUGUACAUGA